AUGGCUUGCCUGCUUCGUCGGGUGGUCAACUUGCUUGUUGGCUUUCUUUGCGGCGAUACGAUCAUCGUCCCAAAGUGCAUAGCGCUCUGCCGUCUCGAACACUUCUGCCAAGGUUUGACUUGGAGUUAUGGCCAGCUCCCGCUUCUCGACAUCCUCUGCCCUCAGGGUUGGAGUUUCGGGCCGACGUCUUCGGUGCCUCUAGCGCGACUUGCUAACUUCUUCCUCGAUUCCCAAGGGUCGAUCCCCUCGGCUUGUUGCCGCGUGUUGGUCCUCGAGUGGGCUGGUGGGCGUCGAUCGUCAUCCUCUGCUCGCAAGGAAGGUCGUUCAGGUCGACAUCUUCGGUGCCUCGAGCGUGAUUGGCUAACUUCUUCUCCAACUCCCAAGGGUCGAUCCCCUUGGUUGCCCUACCUGUGGGCAGGAGAGAAGGUUGAGUUUGGGAGGAUCCCUCCACAGCUUGUUGCCGCGUGUUGGUCCUCGAGCGGGUUGGUGGGCGUCGAUCGUCAUCCUCUGCUCGCAAGGAAGGUCGUUCAGGUCGACGUCUUCGGUGCCUCGAGCGAUCCCUCCACAGCUUGUCACCGCGUGUUGGACCUCGAGCGGGCUAGUGGGCAUCGAUCGUCAUCCUCUGCUCGCAAGGAAGGUCGUUCAGGUCGACGUCUUCGGUGCCUCGAGUAUGAUUGGCUAACUUCUUCUCCAGCUCCCAAGGGUCGAUCCCCUUGGUUGCCUGCCCGUGGGGCAGGAGAGAAGGUUGAGUUUGGGAAGAUCCCUCCACAGCUUGUCGCCGCGACCGCUCACGAACUCAAGCUCCUCGUGGACUUAAGCGAGCAUGAACAUUGGAUUGUGGGCCUAGCCUCUCGAGCACAUUGGUCCUAG